UGCUUUCCCUGAUCCCCUGAGCUGGAUGCUCGGGGAUCUUAGCAGAGUGGAAAGUCAUCUAAGAAGCUGCUGUUUCACAAGAUCUGGGCACAGAGCUGCCCCUCCCUUCCUCCCUGAAGUUUGCAUGAAGUGCACGUUAGGCUGUAAUUAGGGGAUCUGGGAGGAGAACUUUCCUGGUGACGCUUUGCUUUUCUUCUGCUCUUGGUGAGAAAGUGCCUCCUUCUUCCCAGGACCAGGACUUCUGCCAUCCAGCGCCACAAAGAGACAUUCUGCGCACGCACACGCACACACACCACACACACACUCUCACAGUCUCUCUCUCUCUCUCUCUCUCUCUCUCACACACACACACACACACACACACACACACACACUUGCCCAGAGACAAACUUAAGGUGAGGAGAAAGAGCGCUAGCUUCACUUGAUCUUCAGGCUCCAACCUCAACAGGACUUGAGAGCAUCUGAACUUCUGGAUUUCAGGACAAGUGAAGAAGAUUCCCUGGGUUAUAAAGAUGAAGAGGCUACUUCUUCUGGUGCUGAUUUCAAUCUGCUGGGCUGAUCAUUCAGACAACUACACUCUAGAUCAUGACAGAGUGAUUCACAUCCAAGCAGAAAAUGGCCCCCGUCUACUCGUGGAAGCAGAACAAGCCAGGGUGUUCUCACAUCGAGGUGGCAAUGUUACACUGCCAUGUAAAUUUUAUCGAGACCCUACAGCUUUUGGCUCAGGAACCCACAAGAUCCGAAUUAAGUGGACCAAGCUAACUUCAGAUUACCUCAAGGAAGUGGACGUUUUUGUUUCCAUGGGAUAUCACAAGAAAGCCUAUGGAGGCUACCAGGGUAGAGUGUUUCUGAAGGGAGGCAGUGAUAAUGAUGCUUCUCUGGUGAUCGCAGACCUCACCCUGGAGGAUUAUGGGAAAUACAAGUGUGAGGUGAUUGAAGGAUUGGAAGAUGAUACUGCUGUGGUAGCAUUAGAUUUACAAGGUGUGGUAUUCCCUUACUUCCCACGACUCGGGCGCUACAAUCUCAAUUUCCACGAGGCACAGCAGGCGUGUCUGGACCAGGAUGCUGUGAUUGCCUCCUUUGACCAGCUGUACGAUGCCUGGCGGGGCGGGCUAGACUGGUGCAACGCCGGCUGGCUCAGCGACGGGUCUGUGCAGUACCCCAUCACGAAGCCCAGAGAGCCUUGCGGGGGCCAAAACACGGUGCCCGGUGUCAGGAACUACGGGUUUUGGGAUAAAGACAAAAGCAGAUAUGAUGUUUUCUGUUUUACAUCUAACUUCAAUGGCCGGUUUUACUACCUGAUCCACCCCACCAAGCUGACCUACGACGAAGCGGUGCAAGCUUGUCUCAACGACGGUGCUCAGAUCGCAAAAGUGGGCCAGAUCUUCGCAGCCUGGAAACUUCUGGGAUACGACCGCUGCGAUGCGGGCUGGCUGGCGGAUGGCAGCGUCCGCUACCCCAUCUCUCGGCCGAGGAGGCGCUGCAGUCCCACGGAGGCUGCCGUGCGCUUCGUGGGGUUCCCAGAUAAAAAGCAUAAGCUGUAUGGUGUCUACUGCUUCAGAGCAUACAACUGAGUGUGCCUCUAGAGCACAUCAGUUUUAAAGUCAUUAAGAACAUGUGAAAGGUUUUUUGGUUUUUUUUGUUUGGGUUUGGUUUUUGUUUGUUUGUUUGUUUGUUUUUUCAAUACGAACUCGUGCAAGUUACCAAAACUGUGAUAACCCUUUUUUACUUACUGGAAAGAGUCAUUUUCAUAAAGACCAAUUCAUGAAUUUGUUUUUGUAAAGCUAUCAUUCAAUAUAUAUUAUAAAUUAAUAUAAUUUUAAGGGAAGCGCUAGAUAAGGAGGCUUUAGAGCCAAAUUGUUUAGGCUACAUCAUCCCGGUGAAGUAUCCUUUCAUGAACGGGGCACGCAAUAGCUUGAGGGUUGCGAGGGUGACGUUAAGGAAAGUGCAGCUACUCAGAGCAGCAGCUUCCACAAGCACAAAUUUUACACAUUUGUACAAUUUUGAAAUGCACUACAAUCUACAGAUUAGAGCAACGGAUUUGAAAUACAGGCUUCUUUACAGAAACUGAGAUUCCGAGAGGUUGCACAAAACUCAGUUUCACAAGGGAACAAUCUACACUUUUCUAAAAUAUGUUAUUUCAAGUCUCCAAUAAACAGAACGUUUUAGUCUUUAAAAUCCUGCCUUUUUGACCAAAAAAAAAAAAAAAAAAGAAAGAAAGAAAGAAAUUUAUAUGGACUCCAAUGCAUAGUGACAAGCACAGUUAAAACUCCUUAAUAACCCCAUUUAUAUGAAGUAUGAAACAUAAAUGAGCAGAUAAUAUUUAACCAAUGAGAGACUCCUAUCUUCUUUUAAUUGAAAUGACAGGUACCUGAGAAAAUCAUUAAAUCUUUUGAGUAGCUUUACCGAGUUAUAUUUAAAUUCUAAGGGCCGUCUGCUAAGCAGCAUUAGCAUCUACUCAGGGCAGUUAUAUAGAUAAACUGCUGGACAGAAAAAUUGUAAAAUUUAGCAGCUUGAUUUUAUGUUAGCCUAUGAAAUAUAUUGUCCUAUAAAAAUAACUUUAAGCUAUUUAAUAUUUCCUUCUUAUUUACCUUACAGGAAAAAAAUUUAAACCACAAAAGAAAUGAGUAACUCAACACUUGCCUAACCAACAACAGACAACCAAAUAUAGACCCAACUUUCAAAAUUCCCAUUAUUCUUCUUUGUAUAUACUAGAAAGCCCAAAUGGUGCCUGUGUGUGGGGAAACAAGAGAACAAAGUCGUUCUAAACCUUCCUCCAAAUAGAAAACGUGGUCAGUGAUGUCACUUUCCUUCAUUAGGCUUAAAUGAAAUGCAGAAUCUCCCAUCAAAGAGUUUACACUAAAAUCUUCAGGGCUUUAAAUGAAAGGGUAAGGCCAGCUUUAGAAAAACAACUUUAGACAUUAGCAGCUCCAAUAUUAAAUAAAGCUCUGUUUUCCUAUAUUUUUAUGACUGUGAGACCCCGCAGGGACCAAUAUUUGUAUUCAAAUUACAUUUCAUGGUUUCCCAUUGUUUCACAAUGAGUUCUAAUAAAUGGGAUUUAGUAUAAUAAUCCAAGUAUGACAUAGCUGGUAUGCUUUCAUGAAUGUUUUUAUGUAGAUUUUCCUCCCAUGAACAUGAGUAAAUAAAUCUGUUUCCUGAAUUGAUUGUGGUUGCAUUUAAAGCUCUGUAAUAAUUCUAAUAAAUUUACUCUAUAGAGGUACAUGUGUGGAAGGUAUAGAACAAUUGGAAGUCCAUGAAACCAUAAUUAUACCCAUACAUUAUCUAGAGAAAAUAUUGUAAAUAAAAGUAGAUCAUUUCUUUUAUCGAAGCAUAUCUGGGAAAUUUCAGAUGCUUCAAUAUUAAAAGAGGAUAGUGUAUGCAUGCACAUUUUUACAUUAGGUUGGAUAUGCAAAUUGUACAAAAAUAUAAAUCCAAAGAGGUCGUAAAAUUUAACUCAAACACAGCUGAUACAACUAGCAUUCAAACUUCUAAAUUAAAAAUACCUGAAUGAUCUAGGGUAAGAUGAAUACAUCAUUUAAAGAGGGGACCAUCUCCAAAACAGCAACUUUAACACCUCAAAUAUGGGGGGUAGCAUAUUGGAGGGAGACCAUGUGUGAAUGAUUAUGACCCACAUUACAAGAAUUUUAUUGGAAAUGCAAGUGGGAACACAUUUCUAUUGAAGCAGGUAUAUAAUUUUCAGUUAUUGCUGCAGAACUCUACCUUUAUAAUAUUAAGCAUAGUAGGGUUUCUUAACUUUUGAACUUACUAGUAUUGGAAUUGGUGCUGUUCAAAAUCUCUGGAGUGACUGUUAGCUAAUUAAAAUCUAUACUGAUUGCACACCAUUUUUCCAUGCUUAUUAAAAAAAAAUCUUAACGGAAUGAAUACUGCUGGGCAGAAUUUUUAUCUUCUAACUUCCCCCAAAGGAUCAGAGUCCCCUUCCUCCUUUGGACUCCUUCCUAAAGGAGGGUUUUUUUAAUGUUCUUAUUUUACAGUUUUUCCAUCAAUGUCUCUUUUCCUACUUCAUUCCCCAAGAUAGCUCACUGAGGAUUUCUAAAAAAGAAAAGCUAUCCUAAUACAUAUAAUUCCUAAAAGAAAGUCAGUAUAGCACUGACGAAUUCAGAAAUUACUCCUCAGACUUGGGUUCCAAGAGUACCAGAGGGAUGAGGUGGGAGUCUCAAUUAGGAAAUUUUGUUUUGACCAUUUUGUCCAUAAUUAACAAUCGUGGCCCAUACAAGGAACAAAGCUGACUUGCAAAUUUCAAUGAGAUACCUACAUUUGAGAACACCAAACAAAAGAAAUGAUUUGCAUGGAAAGAGGGAAUGGGAAUGAAAAUAAGUCAUAUUAACACUGGAAACCAUCUUUAAAUGACUGCUGCCAUAUUUUAUCAUGGUAAUCUUUAGUCAAAUAUGGUAUUUGUAAAUUUGAACGUUCUGUCAUAGAAAGGGGGCCGGUACCUAUGUUUAAGCUUUAUUUUAUGCAAUAAUGUAGUUGCUUAUUAUUUUGGCAAUUAGAAGUAGACUCAAAGGAGAUUCCAAUUUGGUUGCUGGCAGCCAUACUGGGUUUCUUCAGAUCAGUGCUCCAAAGAAUACGGUGGUCCCAUAGAGUAGCUGACCACUAAGGAGGAGAGAAAUAAAAGGGAAUUAUCUAUCAGUUUUCAACAAAGAAUGCAUCAAGAAUGAUCAAUGGAAAACUGACAGAGUUGUGUUGAGAAGUGAACUGUAUCAUAGCUCACUACUGCCAGAGCAGCAAUGAUGUACAACAAAAGAAAUAAGAAAUUCAAGUCAUUAAACCACCUGAUUAAAAGAAAAACCAGUAUUUAAAGGCAUUUAAUACCUACUGAGUACAAAUCUGAGGAGAAGAACCAAUCUGUAUUAUCCCCCGCAAAAUGUUUUCAUUUUCUGUAAGAUACAAUGAACUGGUAAACAAACAUUAAAAGUCAAUUUUGUGUU